AGUGGGAGGGCAAAAAGAAGGAGGUGAUUUUUUUUUUGUUAGAGGCGAUUCAGAUAAAUAAAUAGGAGCAGCAGGCAAGUGGAGGGCACACUAGCAAAUUCCUCAAGAGUUCAUAGGGGUGCAAGCAUCUGCGGAACCAUUAACAGGCUCUGUGAUGGCUGCCAAAAGAAACUUUCCCUUGACAAUCAUGUUCCUGGCUCUCAUUAAAAGUUCCAUUACCCAGCCGGGAUCCAAUCCCGCAGGACCCCUCAUACCCGCCAAGGACGAGGAGCUCCCCCCGGAUGAGUAUUACGACACAGAGGACGAACCUAGCACCGUUCCGCCAAAGACCGUUUCUCAGAGAGGAGGAAUAGCCGUGCAGAGAUGUGACUACAACCCCUGCACGGAGAACCAACCACCGUGCUUCGAGCUCUCCGCCGUCAAUCACUGCUUGUGUCCGGGGCUUACGUCUCACCUGGUGGCGCCGGAGGCUCCUUACCUGAAAUCGGUAGCUUGGAACGGGUCUGACGUGGUCGUGCGCUGGUGUGCCCCUAUGUCCUACGUGACGGCCUACAGCGUGACGGUUGGCGGGAAAGAGAGGCAGAGGUUCGGGAGGGAGCGACGGAGGGGCGGCGUGGGUCCCGUCGAGAACAUCUCCGAGGUGUGCGUGGUGGCGCUGAACAACGCCGGAGAUAGCGAGGCCUCGUGUGUGAUGUACCAGCCUAAGGACCACAGUCUGCCUCUCAAAGCAGGACUGAUAGGGGGCGCUCUCAGCCUCCUGAUGCUCCUCCUUGUGGUUGUUCUGCUUUGGAGGCGAUGGCGGCAAAGGAAGCUGCGGAGAAACAUCACUAUGAGUCACACAGCUGGGACAUAAAUGACAAAACAAACCCUCUUAGGACAUUCUGCAAUAUUUAUAAUAUUACGGAUAGAAAAAUGAUAUCAAGAAAGGCCAGGCUUUAUUUGUUAUUGAUUUUCAUUUAAUGUAUUUAUUUUGAACUUAAGAAUACAAUAUUGUCAUCUGAUAAAACAAUAAUGUAAUAAUAGAUGUAAUAUAUGGUAAUAUUGGGGGGAAGAAAUACCUAAUAAUUCAAUAUGUAAAAAUAUGAAAACAAAUUUAACAUUACAUUGUUAAACAUAAAAAAAGAAUGUCUAAUUAUGUAGUAUGACUGUGUAUAUAUUUUAUUGCACAUUUAUCGACAUUUGAUACCACACAAUGUGUUGGAGGAUAAGCAGAACAUGGAUGGGCGUAAAUAUAAAUACAAUGCAAACAUUUUCAUAAAUACAAACACUAAUAAUGGCAAAAUAUUAUUUAAAAACACUGUUUGCUAGUAACGGGUCAAACAAUACUGAAACUUUGAAGCAUCACAAAACAAAGAAGUGAUGUGUGUGUACCUUUAGGGGAAAAAAAACAUUUCACCGAUACAGCUGCUGUGUCGUUUGACUACAAAGCAGAAAACUGGCGCUUCUUUCAGCUUAGAGUGACAACCCGUACUGAAAAAAAGUCAUAGAAGUGGCGGUUUUCAUCACAAUCAUCGAUCUAAAUAGAACUACUGGGGAUUAUUUUGAUUUGAUCUUCCUGUUUACAAUUUGGGUCAUUGACCACAUAUACACGUUUUAAAUUAUUUUAUGCACAAAUAUUCAUGCAUAAUAUAUAAAUAUAAAAAAACAUAUUUGCUAACAAUUUAAUUUCCAGGUCAAAUGUAGUGACUUUUUUUAUCUGGCGUUAGCGCAAUCGUGACACACGAACAGUGUCUACGCAGUGUCUAUACAGCUACUGAGUGUGCCCCACACUCACUUACGCAUCACUACUGUUUGCUUUGUCAUUUUAAUUGUAGCGUAGGUCAGUGGUUCUCUCAACUUUUUCCACCAAGUACCACCUCAGAAAACACUUGGCCUUCCAAAUACCAUUAUAAUGACCAACAUUAAAAUACAGUAGCGUAGUAGCCCUAAAUAUUCAUUACAAACAAGGCAGAGGUAUUAAAUAUACUUGUUAAAUAUUUUUGGUUGUUAAUAUUUUAGGCCACUGUAACAUUACACACAGUUUGAACAGUAGCACUGUUUGAAUAUAUUUAAUUAAGAGAUUAUUUGGCGUACCACUAGCUAGAGCCUGUUUACCACUUGUGGUACACGUACCACAGUUUGAGAAUCAGAGCCUAGAUAUUUUUAAAAGUCAAAUUGUAUGUUAAAACCCAAAUCAUGCUCUUUACAAUAAUUAUACACAAGAUCAUAAUGCAGGGUACAACUCUACUGCAUCCUAUUGAAAACUGCUUCUAAUACACUUGAAUACCUGAGUUGUGUCUUGCAGUGCAAGUGAAUACAGUAAAAAGAGAGAAGUCAUUGAAAAAUAUGCGUAGGAGUUAGGUACAAUAUAAAGUACGCUGAUUCAUUCUGCAGCCAAGUUUUAAAGGAAAAUAAAUCCCUGAUGACAAAGUUUACAGAUAAUCAGCAGAGUUCUUUGACAUCAAUUUAGAAGUAAGCCAGUGCUUUGCUGCAUGUUUCUGCACAAUUUGGGGGCGGCAUGAAGAGUAAUGUAAACACUUGGAGUCCAAAAAACACAACAGGGUAGUUUGUACAGAAUAUAAACAUACUUUAGAUGUAUUAAACUGACUUGAUUCAAUGCAUGUUCUCAUUUUUAAAAGUACGGUGUCAUUUUUGAGAAAUGUUCCACACCAUAUUGCACAAUAAAAAAAAAAGUGUGCUGUAUGCUUAAUCUCUCUGUGAGAGUUUAUGCCACUAAGCACAUUGAGUGAAUGUGAUGUGAAUGUUACCUUUUAUUUCUCCUCAGACAAAAACCCACAUAGAACAAGGCUUAAAUGAAUCAAAUUACUGUACAUUUCCUAAAGGUUCUAUUAAACACCGCUCAACUCUUUCUCCUGUGGAGUUGUUUACCAGCGCCAUCUGUGAUGAUGUCGGAAGUGGGAGCUCAAGUGUCUGACGGUGUUUUUCCAGCUGUCAUAAAACAUCUUUUUUGUAAGGAAAUUUGGAUUCCGUUGGACUUGUUUUGACUCCAAUAAAGACUCAGCAGUCGUCCACUCCUGUGCUGCUAUGAAGCCACGAUAAGAAGGAAUGUCCACUAAUAAGAAUGCCCACUAAUAAAAAAUGUCCUCUAUUUCCAAA